CAACAUCAGACUCCUCACCACAGCAAACAACCAUCGAUCAGCACAUCACCAACACACGCCGCUACAUGAUACAAGAGCCAUACCCGUCGGUGCGUUGUUCUACAUACAUUUGUCUGGCUUAUGAAGUCGGAUCCUCAUCAAUUGGCAUACAUCACCACGUUCGGAGCCAUAUGUUGACACCACACAGUACUCCGCCACGCAUCGAACUUCAACAGUAGGCCGUGUUGAACCUCGUCUGCUCGAUUAGCGACAUCAUGCGCUCACUCCUGCGUGCCACGAUUGUGGCCUUCGCCGUCGCCUCAGUGGCGUACGGUGCUUCACCCAAGGCGGGCGACGCAAAGUCCGAUGCCGAGAUCCACCUGUAUCCCUUCGUGACAUCCGACUGCACCGGACAACCCUUCACCAGCCCGUAUGAGUUGAAGGAGGGUGAAUGCAUCAACGUCAACCAGGCUCGCAGCCUUCGACCGAGGUUUCGCUUCGAUCACCAGGAUUGGCUUAAAGAAGUCAACGGUCUUCAGAUGCACUGUGAGCUUGAGACAUUCUCAGACUUCGGUUGCCCUAAACAGAGCAAAAUCGAGGAACACCAGAAUGGACUCAACGGAGACAUGCCCAAGGAUAUCAACAGCUGCCUGAUUCCGAAGGGUCCCAAGAACAGCUUCUUCUCUGCCAAGUUCGUCUGCGGCGAAGUUAGGGAGCCUGCGCACCUCUGCACCAAAACCAUCGAGCACACCAUAUGGGGCAUCGACUCAACGUACGGUGCACCACAUCACAACGUACACACGGCUACCUACACCGGCUCUCUUUCCAUAUUGGGCGCUCAAGCAAGUGCUGCCGUUGACAAGCGCUUCGACCCAGGCCAUGAGACCAAGGGCGUGUGGAUGUUCCAUCCCUGGAGCCGGUCCCUACUUUGUUAUCUCUGCUACCCUGACGACGAACACGACUAUCGCAAGAUCGAGUGCCGUGCUGGCGGUGCCUUCCCUGUCAACUGCGGAGAUGCUCCUACUCUUGGUCCAAAUGGUGAACCCCUGACGGCAACAUCCACGACUACCUCCACAGCGACUGCUACGCAGAAGAUCAAACUUGGUCAUCGCCUCAACACUGACCAUGUCGACACAGACUCGGAGAGCGAUGAAGAUGUGCCACGUCUAGACUUCGAGGUCCAACAGAAGGGAUCUUGGCACACACCCGUCAAGUUUCCCCACCCAUUCAUCGAUGGGAGGGAGGCUUGCGCCGAUGCGGAGUGGGAAAAGCGCGGUCAGGCAGGCAAGGACCACAUCAAGAUCCAGAAGGUCCACUUCUGUGAUAAGAAGGACAGGCCGGAUUCGCAGUGGAUCGGCUUCCCCGCGCCUGCUGUAUACACUGUGUAUACAACGGUCACUACAUCUGUGCCCAGCUCGACUAGUGUCCGACACGAUCAGUUGUGAGGUCGCCCUGAGCUUCGCACACUCCAGCAUAUGCUUGGGUUCAGCCUGUCUGUGAAAAAUGGUCGCAAGGUUUAUCGCAGCA